AUGACAGCGAUUUGCUUUGUGUGCAAUCUUCCCAUUCUUUCUCAUCAAGUGGGAUUAGUUUGGCAAGGAGGAAAUGGAUGGGACGAUUUGGUACGAGAACAAAUGGAAGAAAGUACUCUUCGACAGAGAUUGGGAGCAGGAAGAAGAGAUUCCGCUGCUCAGAUAACGAGCAUAAGUCCACCUACGGAGGCUCAAGAAACGUCUCCUCCUCAUUCGGUAGCCGUUCGUCGGAGGAGAAGUUCAUUAGCCCAAUUGACAGAUAUUCUCAGAGAAUGGGGAGGAUCGACAACUCGAUCGAGUCUUCGCGGUAGCAAACAAGCUCAAUUAUGUCGGAGAGAAACAUUAGCGGAUUUGGCUAAAAGUUUGCCAUGGGGUAGAGGUACUACAACCGAAUCUUCGUCUGUGAAAAAAAGGCGAGAAAGCUCUGCAGAUUCGGGAAUAAAAAGCGUUUCGACUAAAAGAAGAGAUUCAUCGACAACGGCCAUUUCGGAUUUUCGAUCUGAUAUAGCGAGACUGUGGGGCUCGCGGAGAGAAUCGACUAUAGAAAAUGGAAAUCUUUCGAGAUCUGAUACGAUUCGUCGCGGAAGUGGAGAAUCUGGAAAAAGUCCAAGAAAUUCCAACGCUAACUCGAGAAGAGGUUCCGGCGAAUCGGGGAAAAACAGAAGAGACAGCAUGACAUCAUCGUCAAUUACCACGCCACCAAAAUUUCAAAAGCAACAUUCUUGCAGGCAUCACAAGCGAAAGGCAUCGAAAGCUGAAUUUGAAGCCAAAUAUUACAGAGCAGAACAAAGACCUAGUACUUCUUCGACGGCAAGCGAUUCUGCUUCUGCUCCGACAACAACGACCGAUACCAGCCCCCAGAUCUUACCUCCUCCAACUAUUAUAACCAGUUCUGUGACAUCUCAAUCAAUAUCCCCAAAAGCUGUUUCUCCCGUUUUACCCUCUAUAACUCCACCUCCGACCUCACCGACAUCAUUGUUUUCGACAAGAAGAGAUUCUACAACCCAGGUUUAUCAUAAAAACCGAAGGGAUUCUCGGUCACCUGAUGGAAGGGCUAGAGACCCGAAAAAAUUUCCAAAAUUACCGAGACAAAGCACCGCAAUAGACGAAUCUUUGCCGCCUCCCGCUUCCAGAAGAGAAUCCCAACCUACUUUAUCUUUGGAUCCCAGUGGAGAAGACAGCAGUGGAAGAAAAGCUCGCCGCGAUAGUUUAUCUCCUGAUUCCGCCAGCUGUGGCCGAAGUAGACGAGAAUCAAGAAGUCGUUUGUCACCAGAUCGUUCCGCUGAAAGAGAUAUAUCGCCCGUGGCUCGAACAAGAAGAGGGUACAAAAUUACAGGCACAAGUACCCAGCCUUCGAGAUCCCCCGAUAGUUCGAGUACUUGUUCUUCGAGGGAUCCAUCUCCCUGCACAAGAGGACCGACGCCGUCUCAACCUCCUCCAACACAUGCCCCAGCAAUAAGAAGACAAAGUACGACCGAAGAAAUACUUAUUGCUCGCGGCUUUCGAAGACAAUCUACCACGGAAGAAAUGAUUAGGUGCCGAAAUUUUCGAAGACAAUCAUUGAGAUCAGACGAAUGUAACAGGUCAAGAGGUCGCAGAGAUUCUUGCGCCCAAAUAACUGAUGGAACAUUUGCAUCCAUGACCGUUGAAACUUCGAGUACAUUUUUUGACAUAAGUACUCAAACAGGUUAG